AUGGAGGAGAAGAAGUUUGAGGCCGUCCAGGCUGGCGCAGAGGGCCCCCCAGCCUAUGGCGACUCAUCUCCAACGCGGGGAGGCAUAGGCCAACGAAUCUUUGACAGUUUCAAGAGAGACCCCAACCAUACAGUCACCGGUCAUGUUGGAGCUGAUGGCUCUGGAUUCGAUGCUGAGACUGCCGCCCACAACACUGCUCACUCCCCGUUGCAGCGCCGCUUGAAGGGUCGCCAUCUGCAGAUGAUUGCUAUUGGUGGUUCUAUUGGUACUGGUCUUUUCGUUGGUUCCGGAUCUGUUUUGGCCACCGGUGGUCCAGCCUCAGUACUGAUUGCCUAUAUCUUGAUUGGAUGCAUGCUUUACUGUACAGUUCAUGCUUUGGGUGAAAUGGCAGUUCUCUUCCCCGUUGCCGGUUCUUUCGCCCAUUAUUCGACUCGUUUCGUCGAUCCUGCUUGGGGUUUUGCCAUGGGCUGGAAUUACGCUCUUCAGUGGCUUAUUGUCUUACCCUUGGAGAUCGUCGCUGCUUCUAUCACGGUCGAUUAUUGGAACCCAGGUGUUUCAAAUGCCGCCUGGGUAACUAUCUUCUGGGUUAUGAUUGUCUCAAUCAACCUAUUCGGUGUGCGAGGAUAUGGUGAAGCUGAAUUUGUCUUCUCCCUCAUUAAGGUCAUUGCCGUUAUUGGUUUCAUUAUACUUGGAAUCAUCCUCAACUGCGGUGGUGGACCCGAAGGUGGAUACAUCGGCGCCAAGUACUGGUACGACCCAGGUGCAUUUAGGAACGGCUUCAAGGGUCUCUGCAGUGUCUUUGUCAAUGCCGCAUUUGCCUUUGCUGGAACCGAACUUGUUGGUCUUGCCGCCGCCGAAACCACCAAUCCUCGCAAGUCCCUUCCGACAGCCGUUAAGCAAGUAUUCUGGCGUAUUGCUCUCUUCUACGUGGUUUCCCUUACCCUUGUCGGCCUCCUAGUGAGAUAUGACGACCCGAGACUCAUCAGCGGUUCCUCUUCCGCCGAUGCCAAGGCCUCUCCCUUCGUCAUUGCUAUUGAGAACGCAGGAAUCAAGGUUUUGCCUUCGAUCAUGAAUGUCGUGAUUAUGAUUGCGGUCCUGUCUGUUGGCAAUUCCUCCGUCUAUGGAUCCUCACGUACUCUUGCUGCCCUUGCUGAGCAGGGCCAAGCCCCCAAGUUCCUAGCAUACAUUGACCGCAAGGGUCGUCCCCUACCCGCCAUUAUCAUUGCAUCUAUCCUGGGUCUGCUUUCCUACCUCGCCGCCUCUGACGUGCAGACUACCGCCUUCGAAUGGAUGAUGGCCAUCUCGGGUCUGUCAUCUAUUUUCACCUGGGGUUCCGUGUGCGGCGCCCACAUCCUCUUCCGCCGCGCAUGGAAGAAACAGGGCCACAGCCUGGAUGAGCUGGCUUUCCGUUCCCAGCCCGGCGUUAUUGGCUCGUGGGUCGGUUUCAUUUUCAACUGUCUCGUGCUGAUCGCCCAGUUCUGGGUUGGCUUCGCCCCCAUUGGUUACGCAGACAUGACCCCUAAGGAGAUUGCCUACAAAUUCUUCUCUGUCUACUUGGCCGCCCCCGUGGUUCUGAUUUGCUACAUCGGUUAUAAGAUCGUGUACAAGACCAAGUUUGUUCGCACGUCCGAUGUGGAUUUGGUCACCGGUCGUCGCGACCUUGAUAUCCAGCAUUUAAUUGAGCAGGAGCUGGCCGAGCAAAGAGAAUGGCCCAAGUGGAAGAAGGUUUAUAAGUUCUUCUGUUAA